GAGCGAGAGCGAGAGGCAGAGGGAGAGUGAGUUAGCACCCACACGGGUGUAAGAGCAACCCCUACAGUCGCAACCCCUAUUGAUUGAGCGAGAGAGAGCGAGAGAGCGAGAUAGGACAAGCUAAGGGCAGGCCGAGAGAGCAGGCAUGAUCACUUGUGCUCGCUGGCUCUGACUGUGUGUGUGUGUGUGUGUGUGUGCCUGUGCCCUCGGGCAGGUAGCCUCAGAGAUCAGUUCAUGUUCGCGCAGUCGUCGCGCAGUCGACAGCGCUGCCGCCGGCAGCUACUUAAGGGCGAGCGUGCAGGACGAGGUUUAUCAUUGCGGAAUUUGAUUCCACACAGUCAACAACUCAGCUCAACUCCAGCAUUCGCAUACAGUUCAGGAUAAACAUGACGACCGUCUGCAGCAGCUAUUCGCACUUCCAGCUGAGCACUGGCAACAUUAUGUUGCAGCAAUUGCAACAGCAGCAACAACAGUUGCAGCAACAGCUACAGCAGCAGCAACAACAACAACAACAGCAGCAGCAGCAGCACCAACAUCAGCUGAUUGCACCCAAGCCACAGCCGCUGGGCAACAGCCAACUGCAGAAUAUGCAACAGCAAACAACACUCGGCCCGAUGCUCUCUAAGAAGAAGUAUCAAACCUUUGGCCAUCUGCCAUACGGCGUAGGAGCCGGUGGCGAGCAGCAGAUGCCAUCGGUGGCACGUCGCAAUGCCAGGGAGCGCAAUCGUGUCAAGCAGGUGAACAACGGAUUUGUCAAUUUGCGCCAGCAUUUGCCACAGACCGUGAUCAACACGCUGUCGAACGGGGGACGCGGCGCCAGCAAGAAACUCUCCAAGGUGGAUACGUUGCGCAUUGCCGUCGAAUACAUCCGUGGCCUGCAGGACAUGCUCGACGAUGGACAGCCGCGGCAUCAGCUCUUCAGCAGCAGCAGCCUCAACGACGACAUCAGCAAUGAUGGCAGCUACGAUAGUCUCGACAGCAGCAGCUCGCCGGGACCGCAGGGCAUGCAGUACGCCGGACACUCGUAUCACUCGAGCAGCUCGCCCACGCACUCCUACAGCGAUGCCUCCGAUCUAUCGGCCAGCUAUGUGAAGCAGGAGCUGCCCGAUCAGGACCAACAGCAGCAGCAGCAACAACAGCAACAGCAGCAACAGUUGCAGCAUCAAUUCAAAUUCGAAUCGUUCGACAGCUUCAGCGAUGAACAGCCCGACGAUGAGGAGCUGCUCGACUAUAUCUCCUCGUGGCAGGAACAGUGAGUGAGAUAUAGGAGCAAUCAAGAUCCAGUCAAGCCAAAAA